AUGAAAGAGCACGGAUCGUCCACCCAGUUGCCCAGAGUCGGGCAUUUGCCCUCCCCGCUCGCGAGGAUGCAGCUGGCACAUCAAGCCUACUUCGCUCCCUGCUCAUCAUCCUCCUCCUCCUCCUCGAGCAUGGCGUCGGGUUUUCCCACUUUCUCGACGCGCUUACAUCACCAGCCCGGCCUCGAGGUGGAACUUUCUUGGAGGGACGAGCCCGGCUCCUCCCCGAACACAAUCACAGUCGACUCACUCCACAGGCUGGGACUCGGCAUGAGCGCGCAGGCGGGGGCGUUCCCGUUUGCGGCUCCAAAGGAGGUGGUGGCGGUGGAAGAAGCGCAGCAGCAUCAUCAGCAUCAUCAGCAGCAGCAUCAUUUCCAGCAGCAGCAACAACAGGGCAGAGUCCCGCUCCUCUUUGGCGAUCUCAGCUGCGACACGCGACACACGUUCGAAGACACCUCCGAUAGAUUCGCCUUGGCUCCGGCUCCCCCUGCGCCAGGCGCGGGGGUCAUGUUCCCAUACGUGGGGCAGCAGGUGGCGGGGCCGCCCGCCUUCACCAUGGGCAGCCCCGGCCGCUACAUGGGCCCGCAGUCGGUUCUGUCGGGCGGCCCCUACGGCACCUUCCUGGCGCCUCCACCACCGCCGUCUUCGUCGUCGUCACAGCCCUUCUCCGGGUACAGCUACCCGCAGCAGUACCCGCACGGGUACCACCAGGGUGGCUCCUUCUACUCGCUGGGGCCACCGCAAGCGGGGCUGGUGCCGGGCAAGGCGCACGUGUACCUGUGCAACCGGGCGCUGUGGAUCAAAUUCCACCGCCACCAGACGGAGAUGAUCAUCACCAAGCAGGGCAGGCGAAUGUUCCCCUUCUUGAGCUUCACCGUGUCCGGCCUCGACCCCACGGCGCACUACAACAUCUUCGUGGACGUCGUUCUUGCAGACCCCAACCACUGGCGCUUCCAGGGCGGCAAGUGGGUGCCCUGCGGCAAGGCGGACACCAACGUGCAGGGGAACCGCAUGUACCUCCAUCCAGACUCGCCCAACACGGGCGCGCACUGGAUGCGCCAGGAAAUCUCUUUUGGAAAGCUGAAGCUCACCAACAACAAGGGCGGCACCAACAACACGGGACAGAUGAUCGUGUUGCAGUCGCUGCACAAGUACCAGCCGCGGCUGCACGUGGUGGAGGUGAACGAGGAGGGCGUGGAGGAUGCCACGCAGCCGGGACGAGCUCAGACCUUCACGUUCCCCGAGACGCAGUUCAUCGCGGUCACCGCCUACCAGAACACGGACAUCACGCAGCUGAAAAUCGACCACAACCCGUUCGCGAAGGGAUUUCGUGACAACUACGACUCCAUGUACCCGGGGCUGGACGCGGACCGUCUCACGCCGUCACCUCACGACGUCCCGCGGCAUCACUCGCUGCUCGGCGGACCGCGCUACGACAGCAGCUCCCUGCUCGCCGAGCGCUUCGGCUCGUCGGCGUACAGCUCGAAGCUCGCCGCGGCCGCCGCCGGCUUCUCCGACGCCGACCGCGGUGACCUGGGCGGGUGCGGGCCGGCGUCGGUCCAGCGCUGGCUCGUGGGACCGUUCCAGCAAGCGUACGAGGCGGACACUGGCGGCGUGGGAUCGGCCGGAGCGAGCAACGGCGCCGGAGUUGGCGUCGGGGUCGGGAGCGGAGCCGGGGGUUCGCUGCAGCUGCCCUACGGCCUCAAGUCGCUCGCGCUGCCCCCCAGCUCCGCGUGCUCGCUCGGCUACUACUCGAGCGACACCGCGGCGGCCGCAGCCGCGGCGGCGGCGGCCAGCGACUGGGGCAAGCCGUGGUCGAGUCGCGCUCCCCAUCACCACCACCACCAUCACCACCAUCACGCGGCCUCUCUGCAGCAGCCGUCGCCUCUGCAGCAGCAGCAGCAGUCGGGUUUGGCGACGGCGCCUUCCGCCGUGAUCGCACCCUUGGCAGGUGCGUCGCAGCCUCCGUCAACGUCGUCGACAACGUCGUCUUCGUCGUCGUCGUCGGCUGGAGGUGGCUCCAUGUUCCAGGAGCUGCAGCAGAUCGGCGCGGCCGGCCCCGUCCCGGAGCAGGAUCUGAGGCCGGACAAGUUGCUGGAGAGUCCUCCAUCCAGCAAGUCGGCAGAGUCCACGGACUCUGGGGUGUUCGAGAGCGGUGUCGGAGGGGUCGGUGGGGGCGGCAAGAAGCGGCGACUCUCGGGGGUAGACGCGGAGUGCGUGGCCGUGGCGAAGGGGGGCCCCACGGGACCCCCCGCCUCGACCGAUUUCGAAAAGAGCUGUCUGAAAGAUGUGGUGUGCUACGGCUACUACGGAGCCGAGUAGCUUCGCGGUGGUCAUUUGCCAAGCCGCGAACGCGAUGGCACAACGAUGACAUUGUAUACAACACAAACACACACACACACAUGUACAAGUACAUACAAAUGUAUACAAAAAAAUAAGGAACUGUGUUAGUAGUACACAAGCACAAACAUAGAUAUAUUAAAGAUAAACUCGCCGCAAUCGACAUUCACGCCCUUAAAUAAUGGAUCUAACACUCUCUUACAUGAGAAAACAUAUAUAGAAUGGUCCCGUUCUGAAGAAGGGUAAUUUCCUGAAACGUCGGUAUUAUAUAAUUUUUUUGUUUGUCCAGCCAGUUCAUUUGUUUUUAUUGUAAGGCAGUGUUAAUGACAAACGCAGUGGUGUUUUUGCAAGAUUUACGCGCACAUACAUACAUACAUACACACACUCAUUCUCAGUGUUGAUGGGUGGCCUCAUUCGUGUUACACGGCCUAUGCUGAUUGUACGAUGUCUCGUUGUGUUUACAAAUUUAUCGCUCUUCAUAUAUAUAGUACAUUGUGGCAGUAUUACUUUAGGUCGUUGCAAAGACGUGCUCGAUUUAUAUAUACAGUAUACGGUAUAUACACACACACACGUAUUAUUUCUGUGAGUUUUGCAAAAGAUGAGACAGAUUUCUCCUAAUAAUACGGGCGUUUGAUUUCAUGAUUUUAUUACUAGAUUGUGUUUAACGCAAACGAUAUAUCGAUUUGAAAGUGGGUGCAGUUUAAUGUAAAAUCGUCAACAUCCUUUAGAGUAAUUACCCAUGAAGUUUUCCGGAGAAAUGCGCUAAAAUAUACCGGACACUUGUAACACUAAGUGGGCAAUUCGUUAAAACAAGAAAUUGUCUUUAAGCCUUAUGUUACUAAAUACAUCGACUCCUUCCUAUUGUACAGCUUCGGCAGUAAGCAGCUCAUAUAAGACGACUACGGGGUUUUUCAAGAGACGGGAAAUCACUUUUAGAACAUAAACAUUCGAUUAUAAAAAAUAAUAAUUAUGAAAUAACUCGCAUCCCUAUCGCAAUCCAUUUCUGGAUGAAGGCCUUUCGUCGGUAGGUUGCCUGGCCAUACUUUACCACGUUGGUCAGUACCGGUUGGUGAAAGGUUAGAUAGCCUAAGACCGGUUCUGAUACCACAUAAGUCGCCCCAGUUUAUAGCGCUUAACCACUGGAGCGCCACUCCACUCCGAUCAUUUACACCUCGGCCUAUCUGUCACGGACACCACUGAUAGGUGACCUUCUUGCUGACAAAAAAAACCGCACACAGCCGCAGAGGUUUGUAAAGUGUUGCUUUGUAUUCGUGGCUGUGUGCAUAGUUACACUUAAUUAAAAACUCAAUUGCGUGAGUGGUAGCUCGCUCAUCAUAACCACGAAUGUGAUAUGUAUUCCCUUACAAAUGUGACUGCAUGCGUGCACAGUACACACACGUGUACGUAUAGAUACUACGCGUGGAUCUCACAACCGCGAGUGCAGGAGCCUGGACUCAAAAUCAAACCUGAAAAUCCAAGACAUGUAUCUCUAUCUCUCUUCUCUUUUCAAUGGUGAAAACGCGUUCGUUGUUUAUUUCGCCUGUAAUUAUGUCGAAUUCUGUUGUUUUUAAAUGCACUUUAUUUUCGCACUGUUAACCCCCGCCCCAUAACAAGAGUAACGUGUGCGACCGAUAGCUGAAUAAAACUAUCGUCAUGUGCACAGCCCAAAUAGUAAAGCGGUAGAGGACGUUCACCGCUUGUGUCGGCUGUUCGUCGGGUACACAUUUACAAAAAAAUUAAAAUUAGCCGUCAAUUACUCGAUUCAGAUGAGACGUACCAAACAUCCACACCACUGCUGGUAGACCAAUGACCCAGUUGACUCUUGCUAAUUAGACGAAUCCUGAUCCUUUGAUUUGUCACCUGGUUAAACAAGAUCAACUUGAAACUUGAGUAUCGGCUCAAGGCUGACUGGCCGCAGCACUUGAUAGGUCUAUGUCAUCUCGUUUUUGUUAUAAUAGGGGUAGGCUGUAAACUGCAGUCAAUGCACCACGGGGCUCCGACAGCCCCUAAGCACGUGUCGUCUAUUUCCAACCACAUAUAUUUAGCAUAUACAGUACAACACUUGCACGCUCGUGUACAGCCCUUUUGUCAAUACACUGCUGGAUGAGACUUCCCAAGCGUCACGUGCGGAUCACGUGGUAUAUUGGAGGGUCUAAAAUCAUUUCUAAAAUAAGUUCUAAAUGAGCUUAAGCGGAACUUUUCUCGAUAACCUGUAGCAUAAUCAAUGUUGCUCAGUCGAGCUCGUUGAAGCUCGAUCAUUGGUUGCACACACACACCCGGCUGUACGCGUGUGUGUGCGCAUGUGUGUGUGUUAGUGUAUGUGUGCAUGCAAGCAUGCCAGAUAUAUGCUAUUUUCAGGGUUAUAUCGGCGCAUAUCACCUAAUAGCAGCAGCAGCAGUGUUACAUUUGAGAAAUUAGGCUUAUUGCUGUCAAAGUGCGCCAAUUUAGUUCGCGAGCAUCAUAUUUCCGUAGCCUAUAUAAAGCGUGAUUAACACAAACAUCGUAUAGGAACAGUAUGUGUGCGCGUGCGUGUGUCGCACAUUUGAAAUCAUCUACUCUAAUGUUAACACACGCACGGUACGGUACAUAGGCGUUGUGAGGAUAGCACGCGUGCAGCGAGCGCUGUUCGAUGCUGCACCGAUGUUUUCGCUGAGCGUAUCAUCAACAUUCGGCACGUGUACAAGCAUACAACACAUAUAAUACCGCUACGGUGACUCGUAAAAUAAUAAUACUCGUAACAAUACUCAGUCAUCAUCUUCGUCGGCAUCAGCAGCCACGAUACGUUGUCCCACGUGUGGAUUAUUCUGCGAUGCAACGAUCCACCUAGCAUCUACCUGGACACGUGCUGAUUUAAUCACUCCAUCUCCUCCAUGCUCUCCGACGCGUUCCAUCUAUUUGGCUUCCUGCCACCGUCAUUUUCUUGGACAUCGAAAUACAAUAACGAUGACAGAUGGUCGAGACAAACUACGGAGUGGCAAGCCAAGGGAUGGCACGUGUCUGCUUAUUGUGUCUCAAUAAUGCUGAGUAGAAACUGCGUCCCGUCGUGAUGUUUGUUUUGCCAUAUUGGAAGGAAUUUGUGACGAAAAGAAGCAACACGAAAAUAGUUUGGCAAUUGUCCGUUAUAGUUCCAUGUAAGUGUAUGUAUGAAUAUAUGUAUUUAUUUGCGUUGAAUUAUCAUGUAAUCAAUGAGACAGUAGUGGAACUACAGCGCUGGAAAGAGAACCUGACAAUGACAACUACUGUAUAUAUACAAAAUCAUUUGGAAUUAUAUAUAGUGUCUGAAUGGGGUCAUAUCUCAAGACGAUAUACAGGAACGGCGGGGGAGGGGGAGAUUUAUUCUAUAAAGAGCAAGAGGCGAUCAGUCAAAAGACAAAAAGGUUUGUUUUGGAGCCUGGACUUGAACAGGGGUAAUGGAGUCGACAAUACGGAUUGCUUUGGGGGUUAAUCAUCAUUCGGACUUUUAUAAUUCCUAAAUUGUUUCACGCGACAGAGCGGUGUGAUCCAUGAUUUAAUCGCCAUAUCGAACAAUACGCACGCGUUCCUCCGAUUGCAAUUUCCGUCACCGUGGAAUGGCCCAUCACGGCGAUAAUGGAUGGGUUACGGCCCAUUGUUGGCACCGUUGACACUGGGGCAGGUUUCCACCAGAAAUGAAGCCAUGCGCCAACAACACGUUAGAUGUGCCUGACACCCUCGAAAUCACUGUACACCCCACGUAGUGUGUGUGUGGGCGCAAUAUACAGCGUGUGCCAUUCAAGGGUGGAGUAUGGUGACUGCAACAAGCCCGUUCCUCCUUGACGCCGUGAAUCUUGCAUGUCACAUAUCCGCGUGAAAAGUCACAGAGCCCUUAUAAUAUAAAAAAGAGUACACACAAAGAUGCCCGCAGAGCCGCCGGACAAGCUGUUGUCUAUCAAGUGCCGAUGGUUACAACAUGACACAUGGUACUCGUGCAAGGCUGGGUCGACCCAGGGGAGGUCCAAAACAGGUUCACGUAUUACUCACCUUUUGAUGUGUUAGCCACGGGCAGGCGUUGAAACCACGUCGCCGGUGCUUGUAGCACGACCGCUCCCCAAACAGACACACAUGGAGCAACGACACGAAGGGUCCCCAUGUAAUCUUGUAGACUGUUGGGGGCAUGGACCUAUUAAGGCAGGUUCGGUAUACCAGAAGAUGUUGGGGCCUCCAACCACGCUCGGCCACUUUUGCCGUCUGAUGUUCACGCUGCAUUGGCUGCUUGUUUUAAACCACACACUCACACAAAUACACACGGGUCAUAUACACGCGUCUUACCGAGUCUCCAGAGCGCAGAACGCCACUCCGAACCACGUCGUGAGCUGAGGUUUACGUGAUCACGCAGGUUAAAAGUCACGAUUUCGACUGUUCGGAAAAUGCAUCGCGGGCUUGGACGAUGGCCAAUGGUCGAGAAUAGUGACCGAGUUGCAGCCAUGGAAUGGAACGCGUCCGAGAGCACGUCCACCGAGGGAGAUGGAGCAAUUACAUCAUCUCGUUGUGUGGCUGCUGGAUGGAUUGGGGCAUUGCGAGAUCGCGGUAUAUGGCGGCGGCUUGGAGCGGGCUUCAUUCAGCAGUGGAUUGACUGUGGCGGAUUUCUAUAUGAUGUACAUUGUGUCUUAGUCCAGAUGCAUCUCACGAGUACUGGCGUUUCGGAUGUAGCACGUGCGCAUGACUAGAAAGCACCGACAACUGGGAGGGUAUACACAACCAUAUAGUAGUGUACUGUAAUGGUUACAUUAUAGAAGACGGUCAAAUGCAGGGGGAAAGACGUUGGGUAUUCAGCCUAGACUUCAACUGGAGCAGGGAAUCGGCAGCACGGAUUAAA